ACCUGUCAGCCACGCUCCACGAUGAUGACGUAGAGAACCCGGAAGACGUGUGCUUGCUGUCAAUGCCACAGAGAGAGAAGGCACUCCGAGAGCUAAAAGCCCGCAUUUAAGACAAGAUGGCAGGACUGCCCCGCAGAAUCAUUAAGGAAACUCAGCGCUUGCUUGCAGAGCCGGUCCCAGGCAUCAAGGCGGAGCCAGACGAAAGCAACGCACGCUACUUUCAUGUGGUCAUUUCUGGGCCUCAGGACUCACCUUUUGAAGGAGGCACGUUUAAACUUGAACUGUUUUUACCGGAAGAAUACCCCAUGGCAGCUCCUAAAGUACGUUUCAUGACCAAAAUAUAUCAUCCCAACGUCGACAAGUUGGGGAGAAUAUGUCUAGACAUUUUGAAAGAUAAAUGGUCACCAGCUCUGCAGAUUCGCACAGUGCUGCUAUCAAUCCAGGCUUUACUAAGUGCACCCAACCCUGAUGAUCCCCUAGCAAAUGACGUCGCAGAGAAGUGGAAGUCCAGUGAAGCUGAAGCCAUAGAAACAGCCAAGUCAUGGACCAGGCUUUAUGCUGGAAGCAAAAAUGAAGUGUAAAGCAGCCUGACAAGCGGAGACACAUGUGGAAGUCAAGUGUGGACACAACUUACGUGCUGCCAAGACCUCCUCCAACUUUGUUUUAAGGACACAGUCUUUUAUUAUGUGUGUACAUAUACAUAUAUACACAUAUAUAUGUGUAUGUAUAGUAACAACUGCUGAUGUGGUGAUUUAAAUGCUCACUAGUAAUGAAAUGACUUGUCUUCGUCCUAACUCACUACUAUUCAAAUGCAUGGGCAGAGGUUUUAGAUCUACACACCUGGCUUUGUCUGUCCCACAGGAGAAAGAGCGUUUAUUUAUGUCCCACAUUUUUGGGUGAAUGUGCGUUUUGGUGGAGGCGGAGCAGCGGGCAUGAGAAACUGUCUAGGUGUGGUCAAUGCGAUAUACUUUUAAUGUUUCUUUUAAUGCUUUUUCUCGUGUCCCUAUUUGCUUGUUAAAAGCAGCUAACUACUACUAUGUAGAAUCUCACGUGGAGAGGGAUUUGUCCUGUGUAGACUUGCCAGCAGGACGCAUAACAAUCAUCGCCCUGCUCUGUCUUUGAGUAACACGGGGCUUCAUUAAAAAACGCUACGACUAAAAGUAAACAAACUGAGCCUGCCACUGUCACAUUAACCUCUACGUCCACUCUGUAGACUUGUGGAUGGCGUCAUAGAGAGUUCGGAGGGUACGGUGGACAUCAUGGACCUUUCCUUAGCUUUUAGCACAUACGUGUUAUUACCAUAUCCAGUCUUUUUAUAUGUGAAACCUUCUUGCGAUGUAUACUAACAAAACUUGCUCCUCCCCUCAUGGCAUCACUGUCCUCUUUUUUUUUUUUUUUUUUCCUCCACCUGCUCCCAAAGGAAUUUAUUUCACAAUGCAGCGGUUACAUUUGAGCCGACAGUUGUUUGAUGAGGGGAGUGGAAGACGAAAUGCUGGAUUGUCAAGGGAUCAAUCUCUCAACGGUCAAUGAAGGCUUUGAGUUUCAAAGGCCUUGGUUGACCUUUCACUGAAAAAAAGUCUGUAUUCAGUUCACUGUCUGUACAUAAGUUCAUUAUUAAUCUGAAGAGGAAAUAUUUUCCUGCACUCAGAAAGCUAUCAAACAGUCCACCUUCAUACCUUUAUGUUCUGUAAAUAAAUAUUGUUGAUUAAUAAAUA